GGAGCGUACCAGAUUCCUCUCCUCCUUGUCUCUUUCUUUCUCUCUCUGAUUAGAGGUUUCGGUUUCGGUUUCGUUCGUAAUCGAAAGGUGAAAAGGGAGAGUUUCCAUGGCGUCGUCAGCUGAAGCUUUGAGCUUGGCCUUCUAGCUGAUUGAUCAACCAUGGUCUCAUAAUUUUCACCGACUUAAUCAAGCUCCAGGGCGUUGAUUGUUCUCUCUCCCAGCUCCAGAUUUUGUUUGGGUUGCUGAUUUCUCAGGCGAGGAUUUGAGAAUUAGGGUUUUCAGAUUGGGGGUUGGCUCAGUAAUGGGCUCUUGUCAUCUCUACCUGUAAUUAGCAACUUGUUCAUACAGAGACUCUGUUAUCAUUUUGAAUCUGAAGUGAAUCUGAGAAUACAAACUCCUCACGCCUGUUAAUUGCUCUCACGAGUAAUAAAGAUCCCACGAAGUGAGCCUUUUGUUUUUGUUUACUGAUGGGUGAGGAGUUAGCUGACACAAUGAACCUAGAUUUGAAUCUAGGGCCCGGUCCUGAGUCAGAUCUCCAGCCGGCCCUAAACGAAACUGUCAAUCUGGCUGAUUGGACUACUGACCCAUCUGAGAGAUCCUCGGAAGCUGUGACGAGGAUCAGAACUCGGCACAGGACGCGGUUCAGACAACUUAAUCUCCCCAUACCAAUUCUAUCCGAAACCCAUAUGUCUAUUGAACUGAACCAGUUGAUGGGAAGUCCUGUAACUGGAGCUGCUUUGCAAACUGGCGAGGGUAGUGAAAGAGGCAACGAGGAUCUGAAAAUGUGUGAGAACGGAGAUGGAGCCAUUGGAGGCGGCGUGUCAGAGAAGAAAGCGGAUGUUGAGAAAAGCAGUGGCAGCGAUGGUAACUUCUUUGAUUGUAAUAUAUGUUUGGAUUUGUCCAAAGAGCCGGUUCUCACCUGCUGUGGCCAUCUUUACUGUUGGCCUUGUCUGUUCCAAUGGCUACAAAUCUCGGAAGCAAAGGAAUGUCCGGUCUGCAAAGGAGAGGUGACUCCCAAAACCGUGACACCGAUAUAUGGGCGAGGAAACCAUAAAAGAGAAGUUGAAGAGAGUUUAGACACCAAGAUCCCUAUGAGACCCCAUGCAAGACGCAUUGAGAGUUUGAGGAAUACAAUUCAAAGGUCGCCUUUUACAAUACCGAUGGAAGAGAUGAUUAGACGUAUACAGAAUAGGUUCGAGAGGGAUUCAACCCCUGUCCCUGAUUUUAGUAACCGCGAGGCGUCAGAAAGAGGUAACGAUCGAGCCAACUCGAUCCUUAACCGGUUGAUGACUUCAAGGGGAGUUAGAUCAGAGCAGAACCAGGCUAGUGCUGCAGCAGCCGCCAUUGCAGCAGCAUCGGAGGAUAUUAAUCUAAACCCGGACAUUGCUGCUCCUGAUCUUGAAGGAGAGACCACCACAAGGUUCCAUCCUAUGUUGAUCAGGAGACAGUUACAGUCCCACAGAGUCGCAAGGAUCUCGAACUUCACAUCUGCAUUGAGUUCUGCUGAGCGGCUUGUGGACGCAUAUUUUAGAACUCAUACAUUGGGGAGGAGCCACCAAGAGCUAAACCAUCAUUCUCCUGUUGUGGUUGAUGAUAGAGACUCAUUCUCGAGCAUUGCAGCUGUGAUAAACUCUGAGAGUCAAGUGGAUACUGCAGUUGAGAUCGAUUCCAUGGUGACUCUUUCGACAUCUUCAUCGAGGAGAAGGAAUGAGAAUGGGUCGAGGGUUUCUGAUGUAGACAGUGCAGAUUCUCGCCCGCCUAGGCGAAGGAGAUUUACUUAAAACAAAAGCUUUUCAAUCCGUGGAAGAUGAUGAUGAUGAUGAGGAAGAAGACGAUUGUAACUGUAUUUUUAUUUUCUUGCUUGUUGGUUUGUUGUAUUUUUAUUUGUAAUUUUCGCAAUAGGGAUGGUAUUUUUCAAUAAAAGUUUUUUUUAUCUU